AUGUGGUCUAAGCAUGCUGAUAGGAUGUUACGUGUGCCUGAGGUUAAUUCUUGCAUGGUUUGUUGGACAUCUCAAGUCCAACUUGUCGAGGCAUCGCACGUUAAGACAACUUGUGGCAGUGGACUAGCAAAGAAGUUUCGCAUCUUUGUUUUUUCUGAUUUUCAGGGCGUUAAGGUGACUGCACUUGCGAUUGAUGAGAACAUUGGUCGUGUUACCAAUCUUCUUGUGCCGUUUAGGGAGUAUCGCAUUUCAAGGGCUCGUGUUCAUGAGAUUCCUGACUGUUCUUUGGAUGUUGGUUGUUAUCGCUUUUAUUGGGUUUUGACUGCUGAGACUGUGAUUAAGGAGGUGAUCGUAGUUGACCCUCCAAAGCUCCCAUCUUAUUUUCGUUUGCGCUCUAUCGCUUCAUGUGAUACUGUUGCUAACACAGAAAAUUUCAUAGAUGUCAUGGGAAUUGUUUUGUGUGCUUUCCCUGCUAGAGAAGUGCAUUUUGAAGGAGGGCCAUCUGUUGCGCGCGACUAUGUUAUUGUUAACUAUGAGCUUAGGCCUAUAAUCUUGACCCUCUGGAAUGAGUUCGAAUCCAUAGAAGGUUCUGAAAUAAUGGCUAAUAUUGCACAAAAUCCAGUUUUGAUUUGUAUCCGCCUUAGGGUGCUUACGGAUAACUAUCUAUCAUUAUCAACUCAGUCUUCAUCUGUGAUAUUGGUUUCGCCGAUUGUGCAAGAAUCUAGGAACUUGCGGGCAUGGUUUCAGACUAAUAGUUCCGAGCUCACACAAAUGGUUCACGAAAGGAGUUAUGCUAAUCCAUAUGUAUUGCUUCCACCAGUUGCUUCUAAUCGUAUAAGUCAGAUCUCAUACAUUGGUCAGGCAACCAACUUUUUGAGUUGCUUUUGUGUUUGUAAUGUAAGGGCUUGUGUGACUCUUACUAUCAAAGAUGACACCGGUUCAGUCAAUGCAAUUGCCAUGGGGGACGAGGCCGAGAAGCUCAUAGGUAUCAAUUCUCACCGUUUGUAUCAAGCUGACCAAGAGAAUGUUCAUCUUAUUGAUCGUGCGGCAAAUGCACUUAAGGGAAGAGUAAUGCUGUUCUAUGUUAAGCAUUCGAGCUACGCUGUGAGGGCUACAAAGGGUGCUCGCUAUACAAUAGUCACUUCCUAUGAUAUCGAUGAAGUCCUGUAUCCUGAAUUUCUUGCAGUUAGACAGCUUUUCCCUGUAAAGCAAUCUGAAUCUCUUGCAGUUAUGCAG